GACAGGGACGGCAGCGCGUGAGCCUUGCGCGGGGCCUUUUCCCGGCGCGGCGGUGGGAGGAGCCGGUCCGUGUCGCAUCGCUGUCCUGCGUGCCGAGGCGAGGGACUGAGCGGGGGUCGGGGGCCUGAGCCCCGAGCCUGGGCGGGGGAGCCGCUUCCUGAGAGCUUUUUUGAACUCAAAUGGGUGAUGAAAAGGAUUCUUGGAAAGUGAAAACUUUAGAUGAAAUUCUCCAGGAAAAAAAACGAAGGAAGGAGCAAGAGGAGAAGGCAGAGAUAAAACGCAUGAAAAAUUCGGAUGAUCGGGAUUCAAAGCGGGAUUCCCUUGAAGAGGGGGAGCUGAGAGAUCACCGCAUGGAAAUAACAAUCAGAAAUUCACCUUACAGGAGGGAAGACUCUAUGGAAGACAGAGGAGAAGAUGAUGAUUCCUUGGCUAUUAAACCUCCACAGCAAAUGUCACGGAAAGAAAAAACUCAUCAUAGAAAAGAUGAGAAGAGGAAAGAGAAGCGGAGACAUCGUAGUCAUUCAGCAGAAGGGAAACACGCCAGAGUGAAAGAGAAAGAACGGGAACAUGAGCGUAGGAAGAGACAUAGAGAAGAGCAGGAUAAAGCCCGACGUGAAUGGGAAAGACAGAAACGGAGAGAAAUGGCAAGGGAGCAUUCAAGGAGGGAGAGAGAUCGUCUGGAGCAACUUGAGCGAGAACGAGAGAGAAAAAUCAGAGAGCAACAAAAAGAACAAAGAGAGCAAAAAGAACGAGAAAGACGAGCUGAAGAAAGGCGUAAGGAAAGGGAAGCCAGAAGAGAAGGUAACUAUUCCAUUUCUGCGCAUCAUAGAGCAGUGAGGGAAGAAUAUGGAGACAAAGUAAAAAUGAGACCCUGGAGCCGCAGUCCAUUACGACAACAAAGAGACAAGCUUGAGCAGGGAGAUGGCAGGAAACCAGUAAAAGAAGAGAAACCAGAAGAGAGAGAUCCCCUUUCAGACUUGCAAGACAUCAGUGACAGUGAGAGAAAAACCAGCUCAGCGGAGUCUUCAUCAGUAGAAUCUGGAUCAGGCUCAGAAGAAGAGGAAGAAGAGUCUAGCAGUGAAGGAUCUGAGGAAGAGGGAGAGGAAGAGGAGGAGGAAGAGGAGACGGGAAGUAAUUCUGAGGAAGUGUCUGAGCAGUCGGCUGAAGAAGUGAGUGAAGAAGAAGUGAGUGAAGAGGAAGAACGGGAGAAUGGAAACCACAUCCCAGUUGUUACAGAGUCAAGGUUUGACCGAGAUUCAGCAGGAAGUGAAGGAGAAGAGGAGGAAGUUGGGGAGGGCAGCCCUCAUUCCAAUGCAAUGACAGAAGGAGACUAUAUUCCUGACUCACCAGCUUCCUCCCCCAUUGAACUGAAACAGGAACUUCCUAAAUAUCUUCCUGCACUUCAGGGAUGUCGUAGUGUCGAGGAAUUUCAGUGUUUGAACAGGAUUGAAGAGGGAACAUAUGGUGUGGUCUACAGAGCAAAAGACAAAAAGACUGAUGAAAUUGUGGCUCUAAAGCGAUUAAAAAUGGAAAAGGAAAAGGAAGGCUUUCCCAUUACUUCUCUUAGAGAAAUAAAUACUAUUCUGAAAGCACAACAUCCAAAUAUUGUCACUGUCAGAGAAAUUGUUGUGGGUAGUAAUAUGGAUAAAAUCUAUAUCGUAAUGAACUAUGUAGAACAUGAUCUCAAGAGUCUAAUGGAAACAAUGAAGCAACCGUUUUUACCAGGUGAAGUGAAAACCUUGAUGAUUCAGCUGUUGCGAGGAGUCAAGCAUCUUCACGACAACUGGAUACUUCACCGAGACUUGAAAACUUCCAACCUGUUGCUUAGUCAUUCAGGCAUUUUAAAAAUUGGGGAUUUUGGACUAGCCCGAGAAUAUGGAUCUCCACUGAAGCCUUACACACCUGUAGUUGUGACGCCUUGGUACAGGGCUCCAGAGUUGUUGCUUGGUGCCAAGGAAUAUUCAACAGCAAUAGACAUGUGGUCAGUAGGGUGUAUAUUUGGAGAGCUGUUAACUCAGAAACCAUUGUUUCCAGGGAAGUCAGAAGUUGACCAGAUUAAGGAAGUUUUUAAGGACCUGGGUACUCCAAGUGAAAAAAUCUGGCCUGGUUACAAUGAGCUGCCAGCUGUAAAGAAGAUGACAUUCACAGAGUAUCCCUAUAACAAUCUACGCAAGAGGUUUGGAGCACUCCUCUCUGAUCAGGGGUUUGAUCUGAUGAACAAGUUUUUGACAUACUAUCCAGCCAGAAGAAUCACUGCUGAAGAUGGUUUGAAGCAUGAGUAUUUCCGAGAGACUCCCCUUCCUAUUGACCCCUCCAUGUUUCCCACGUGGCCAGCAAAAAGUGAACAACAAAGAGUGAAACGUGGCACUAGCCCCCGCCCACCUGAGGGAGGCCUUGGAUACAGUCAGCUGGGUGGUGAUGAUCUGAAAGGCACAGGCUUUCAUCUGACCACCACAAAUCAGGGAGCAUCUGCUGCAGGACCUGGUUUCAGCCUCAAGUUUUAAACUCACCAUGAAGAAACAAACAACCAACCCUCCCCCUCCCCCCAAAAACAUUCAUGUGAGUGGAUUUUUGAGUGCCCCCGGUUCUGUUCUUCACAUCAGGGACUAGAUGCUUUUUACAGAAAAAGAUGUCAUCACAGAUUCAAAGGCUCUUGCUGGGUACGGAGUGUAACUAAUUAACUGCUGCAUUCCAUUUAGAGGACUGGAAAUAACCUGAAAAGCCAAGGAUCAUUACAAAAUUUGACAAAGGAAAACUUGAAGUACAGUCCUGGAACAUUUUUUUUUUUUUUUUUUUUUUUGUUGUUUUUAGGGGUAUUUUUGCUUGUAAAUUUGUAGAAUUAAAAUACAUUUUUAAUUGUUUAACAGUGUGAAGGAUUUCAUUUCUUCACAUGCAGAAAGCUUGGAGGUUGGUGGCAUUAAGUCUUCUAGAGUGGAAACUUCUGAGAGAUUUUUUUUCUCUGUUUCCGUAUCUGCUGCUUAAACUAUUAUAGCAUAUUGUCAGCCCAGGCACAACUUUUUUUUGUAAGUUUCAUAUGGCCAAAGGUGGUUGUUUGGGCAAGAAGUCGUGACACUUCUGAGGUUUCUCUCCUGUUCUGUGUCUUGCAGAGGCUAGGCUGUGUUUGAUAGUCACUGACAACCUUUUUGAGUGCACUAGUGGGCUGAUCACUUCACUGAGUUGUCACAUACGUGUAUUUACAAUGGUGCUGGUGCAAAAGAACUAAUAUAUUGUUUUAUAAAUCAAAAAAGAUUUAUUAUGGAGAUGGAAACUGUAUUUCCUGUAGCAGUUCUUUUAGAUAUCUCAUUUUUCCAUUAACUAAUUCUAUUAGUUGUACUGACUAUAGAAUAUAAUGCCAUAUUCAGAUUCGUUCUCACAAAGGAAUCAUGUUGUAAUGUCACAGUCUUUUGCUGUCAUAUGAUAAUGCCAUCAUUCUUUUCCGGGGACAGGAAGAUUUGGAAAAUACAGAAAAAUGUUGCAUGUAGUCAGACAGGUAUUCAUGUAGUCAGACCAGUCCAGUGAAAGGCAUACCUUAAAUGAUAAAUAUUCCAUUGACUUCAGUGCACUUUAAGAGUUUUUUACUGGACAUAAGGGCCUUGGAACUGGAAUUUAGAUACACUAAAAUUGUAGAUUUUGAGAAAGGAUAUUUCUGUGAAGGAAGACAGAGCUAUUUUCUCUUUAGGCCUCAUUUCCUGAUACUGGAGGAGAAACAAUUGUAUUACUGGUCUGUUACUGAACUAUGCAUGAUACUCUGUGAGAUUCCUUCAUGGUAAUUAUAUGCAGAGAUCAAUAACCUAUGGAAAAGCAGUUUCUGCUACAGCCCACAGACUGCAGCACGGAAGAACCAUUUUGCCAUGGCCUGUGGUAAACUGUAAAGGAUCAAACAUGUGACUGUACAUUUUGUGUUUCAAGCUCUGUUGUGCAUCUUGCACUCUGUGACGUUACUUCCUUCCUAACUUCCUUGGCAUUGUUGCAGCCAUUGGGGGCAUCACUCAUGGAAGGUCUGAUUCACUGACAAAAAGAAAGAAUUAUUUAUCUGGCAUCGAAGUUGGAUGGUUUUGGUUUUAAAAAAGCAAAAGCAACAAACCCUACUGCUGGAUUAUCGUGGGAAUGUGAUGUGGCUCUAAGAGGUAUGUGUAACUCCAAUUUUCUUCAUAGAAGGGAAUAUCGGCUCUUCCUCAGUAGAGCAGCAUUUUUCAGUUGCCACAUCUCAACUUUUAUUUUGGCUCAAAUGUCUAUUUUUGCACAGAGUGCUUGCGGUUUAUGAUCCUGAUUGUAAUUGUCCCUACAAAAGAUGCAUUUUUAAAUUUUUUACUGCCCUGUACUCCUGCCUACAUGUGAUGGUAAAGGUGAAGCCUAAGAUUAUUUAUUCAUACUAAAUAAAUAUGUGAGAAAUGAAAGGGGAUAAAAAUACCUAAAUGAUAAGCGGUUACUAUUGGUAUUUAACUUUUUUUAAGCAAGCCUUUCAUAUACAAUUGGAAGACAUUUUUCCAAGGUGGGUUAACUUAACCCUGGACUUCUGACACUGAUAAGGGAGGUGGGUUUUUUUAAUCAUAUGCAAGUUAUAAGAGGGCAAGUGAGGGGAGAAAAUAAGUUAAAGUCAGUUUCACUAGGAACAGAACUGCAGUAUUUAAUUAGUUUGAAAUUGUGCCUAUUUAAAAAACAGAUUUCAGCAGUGUGGAAGAAUUGCAGAGGUAUAGCAUUUAGACCAAAGUGGAAAUUCUACUGCAUGAGAGUAUAGUGGCAUCACAGGAUUUUUGCAGUUCAGAUACUAUUUUGCUGUUGAUUUAUUUCAGGUUUUAUUUUUGUAAAAUCAAAUUAUAAUCAAAGUGAGCUUUUUUUACAGUUUUACUGAUAGAGCCUUUCUGCUGUAACACAGGCCUUCCUAGACUGCUGUCGCUUACAGCGUUGUGAGAUAGUUGGUAGUUUUGCUGGUGUUUGUUUGCCCAAGGUUACGAGGACGACUAAAAAGGGAUGAAACAGAGCAAAGGGUAAUUUAGGCUGCUUUAACGUUGGGGAAAGAUGUCUUAACAACAAGAUCUGUUUGAUUAUGGUAUGGCCAAGAGAGGCAGUGGAAAAAUCAGUUCUUGAGUCGUUUAGAAACUGGACUGAACAAAUCUGGGCCAAAAUAAUCUGGGCCAAAGCCUCCACUUGCACUGAUGAUACCCUUUCUAUCUCUUGAGUCAAAGAAAGACGUAGCCUAAAGGCAGGGAUGCAUCUAUCACUGUCCAAAUGAGUUUACAGGUUCUGCAAUGACAUACUAAGGCUUAUCUAGGCUUGUUUCUGAGGCAGAUGUUCAACUAGUGCUAAAGUAGCUUAGUUCCAUUACCUUCAAGUGGCAUUAUGCAGACUGAAAAGCACUUAAGGAUAAAUUGUUCUACCUUUCUUUUGAGUAUUUUUCAUUAAAUGUAGUAACUGUCAGGGGAUGCUGACUAUGCAAAUGAGUGUGCCACUGAUGCACACAUUUAAGUGCACUUGGUUUUGCCCACUAAUACUAUUGCCAUUUUCUUGUCUGAUGUGGCAUAUUUAGCUCAUCUCAGGGUGUGGGGGGAUGGAUAGUGAUAGAAGUGAACUUAUCUCUACAGGAGUCCAGAGGCUUACUGAUCAGACACUUAGAAGGACAAGUUAUGAGGAACCGCAGAUGAAGGUAAAUAGUAUAAUGUGCUGACCCAAGUAAUAAAUGCGUAUGACAGGAAAGCAGGGGAAGGAAAGAUGUUCUGUGGCUACUUAGGUAACUACAUGUUGAAAUGUGGAAUUCAGUAAUUAGAGUGGAGUAAUUAGAAGGAGUAAUUAGAAAAGGCUUACUGUGGUCCUAUAUCCUCCUUCCGUCAAGUAAAAGAAAAAGUUAUAUGUAUUUUUCUGAAAGCCCUUUUAAUGAUUCUCACCAGAAUCUUAAAAAAAAAAAAAAAAAGAAAAAAAGAAAAAACCAAGACAGCAGAACACUUACUGAGUGUUUUUCUUACUUACUGGUUGUUUUUUUUCUUCCAUAAUGCCUCUGAUUCCAUUGCAACAUAGUUGAGCCAUCAAUCUGUUGAUCCAUUUAUCUGGUGAGGGGUUUUGUUCUUGUUUUUCAGCAGUCUGCAGUGACUUGGGUCAUUUAACUGCAAAAUCUGACCCUUGAAUUUUUUAUUAUUAUUUUUUAAUUAUCUUUCUAUACGGGACAUGCUUGAUAAAUUCUUACCCGUUAAAAGUAACUUGGAAAAGUUUUUCCAAAAAUAAAGUCCCAGUCUCUCUUGCCCAAGCUAUGGAAGCAGCUGAUUUAAAAGUUUGAUUGUACUGCUGCAGAUUAAAUAUAAAAUGCUAAAGAAAAAAUUUGAAUUUGAAACAGAACUAGCAGUAAUUGAAGUUCUCAUUCCAGGGCCCUUAUUAGUGCCUCAGUCUGAUCCUCCAGGAAUAAGUGGUCAAGAUUCUUUCUUUUUUCUUUACUAUACAAGUGUAAGUUCCUUCAUUAAUUGCAUUUGCAAUGAUGCUCAGGUGAUCAUCGUUUAAGGAUAAGUAACCUGGAUAUGAGUAUUCCAGAAGCUCCUUAUCUUUAUACCAGCUGUCGUAAGAAAAAUAACAGAAAUUAAACUAUGAAACAUCCAGUAUAAAGCAAUAUAUGUUAGUGGUCCUUCUCUGCUGGUAAGUUUUGUUUGAGCCAAGUCUACUGCAGCAUAGAGUGCAUAGUGCCCUGUUAUAACCACCACUGUCUACUUAAAAUGUACAGAAAACCUUAGCUUAUUUUGUUAAACUCUUAAAUUUAACAGUAGGAGCUUGAAUCUUACUGAAAGUUGAUGGGAUUUUGGGUCCUCCGGCCAAACUGACCCAUGGACUUGGGCGCUUACUUACAUCUAUCAGCUUUGGACAAAUCCAGAAAUUACAUGCCCAUAAGUUAAUAAGAGCUAACAAAUUAUUAAUUAUAUUUAAAUAAAUUCAAGACUGCAGUCUUUUGUAGAAUAUAGGCCGGGGAAUUUGACCAAACAGUAAGAAUUACCUUAUGCAGUAUGUGUGAACCGGAUUUUACCCUUUUCAGUUCAGCUUACUCAUUUCUGAUAGCUCUGCUUUCAGACUAAAUGCUUUGCAAUGUUAUAAACAGUAUUUGCACUCUACUUUCUUCUAUCCCGUAUGUCACAGCUAGCAAGCUCUUCCUCACCCCUCUGCCAAAUAAAGGAGUUACAUGCUCCAGAAGGUAAACUACAUUCUUAUGUACACUUUGUUUUGUCAUGCUUCCUUAUUCUUUCUCCUUUUUGGUAUGUAAGCUGCUAAAAGUGUCCUAAAGGAUUGAAAUAAAAGACAGAGAACUUACUAAA